AUGCUUUUUAUUUUCAUUUUUUGUCAAAUUCCAUUGACAACAAGUAUUGAUGACAAUUAUGAAUUGAAUGAUAUUGAGUUUGGUGAUGGUCUUUAUGAAACAUUACCUAUUCAACAUCAUCGUCUUCAUCAUCAAGAUUUUCGACGAGCCUCAUUACGGUAUCAUCCUAAUGUUUUAUAUAAAAAAGCCAGUCUUCGACCAAUUAUUGGUCAAAACGGAAAACUUACAUUUACCAAACGAGAUCGAGUUCGACGUCAUUUAUCGUCAUUAAUCAACGAAGAUUGA